AUGACUUCAAGGGUGACUGUCCUCAUCACUGGUUGUAGCGAUGGCGGCAUUGGCUCUGCCCUGGCCCUCGCCUUGCAGAAGCGUGGGCUCCAUGUCUUUGCUACAGCUCGCGAUCCCUCUAAAAUGUCGAAGCUCAAUGACCUCUCCAAUAUAACGACGCUGACACUAGACGUCGUCAAUUCCGCUGACAUCAGGGCUGCGGUCGAAUUAGUCACCAAGCAGACGGGUGGCACUUUGAAUUACCUCAUCAGCAACGCAGGACGCAAUCAUUUCAUGACAAUUCUAGACGAGGACCUGGAUGUGGUCAGGAACCUCUUUGAAGUCAACUUCUACGGUCCGCUCGCCGUCACCCAAGCUUUUGCUCCCUUGCUUAUCAAAGCCAAGGGGAUGGCUGUGUACAUAACCUCGGUCUCGGGGUACAUCAACGUCCCAUUCAUGGGAACAUAUGCGGCAUCCAAGAGAUCACUCGAGCUUGCAGCUGAGACCUUGCAACUUGAAUUGGCGCCGUUCGGCGUUGGUGUGCUUGAAGUGGUUACUGGAGCAGUGAAAACCAGGGGUCAGACGUACUUCGGCGAUUUCAAACUACCGGAUCAGUCACUCUACAAGGGGAUCGAGGACGUGAUUGCUAGUAGAGCUCAAGGCAAAGACCAACUGCCCCGGAUGGAGACAGCAGAAUAUACAGCGGUGGUUGCGGACAAGAUUAUAGAUCGAACCACAGGCCGAUUCUGGUAUGAUAUCAAUGCUGAAAUACUCGAAAAAGUACAACAGCAACGGAAGUGCCCCAAUCCGCCGUCGUCAGUCCAACAUAAUUCCUUGUUUUCAGUAUACUAA